AUGUUUGAGGUGUGUAAUAUUUUGCGAGCAGUAUGUAACAAGGCAAGUUUGUUGCAGCGUGAGGGAGCGGCGCGCAGCGAUGCGGAGCGCGAGCGGCGCGCGCGCGGCGACUGGGAGGCGCGGGCGCGCGGCGCCGAGCAGGACGCGGCGCAGCUCGCGGGCAAGCUGCAUGCGGCGCAGCGAGAGAUCGCCAGAACAAUUGCUAGCGUUAAUCUCUCAUCGCACGGGUAUCUUCCAAGAUGGCGCCGGCAAAAUGGCGGCAAAAACCGCGAGAGUGACAGGGCUUUAUUAGGAGUGCAACGGGUGCACUGGUUCCUUAUUAACGACACCGGCAUGGAUGAAGAGUUCGUGAAGAAGAAGAGUUCUGAAAAACGUGUUUGUGAUGCUUUUAAAGAAAAAGAAGAAGUAGAUAUGUAA